AUGAGAAUAGGGUCGGUAACUUAUGUCAAAAUAUCAUCGCAUAUGGACAAUAUUGUUGGAAAAGAGAAAGAUUUGUUAAGGACGAGGCAUAAUAACAAAUUACGUGAUCUUAGGGUACCCGUGGACAAUAGCGAUUUGAAGAACAAAUUGGUGUUUAACUAUUCUUAUCGUGCUCUUACAAAAGGAGAAGAAAGUUUAUUGUCGCAUGGUUGGAAAUAUGCAAUUAAUACAAAAACGUUAAACUCGUUGAAUGUUAAAACAGAUAUGGAGUAUAUGUACUAUUGUAUGGAGAGAAAUUCGUUGAUUAAUAAGUCGAAUAUAUUGAAAGUAAAAAGUAUGUUGAAUGAGUUUGGUCACAGCAUUAUCAGGAGGCGGAAAUCUGAUAUCCCGAACUUAUCUUACGAAGAAAUUCAAGCGAUUGAAACACUCUUAAAUGAUAAAUCGCUGGUUAUUUCAAAAGUGGAUAAAGGUAAUGCUGUAGUCGUUCUGAAUAAAGAGGAUUAUUUGGAAAAAGAAUAUUCCGUACUUGAAGAUAAACGUGUAUUCAAAUUGUUAAAUGAUGAUCCUACGGACGAACGAGAAAAACAAUUUAUUGCAUUUUUACUGAAAUUAAAAAACAAAAAUCUUAUCACGAAUGAUGAUUACAAAAGAAUGCGUCCGGAUACGGGAUCUCGGACACCAGAAGCAUAUUUUCUUGUGAAGAUACACAAAAAAGAUCUGCCUGUAAGACCGAUCAUUUCGAGUUAUGAUUCAUAUAACUAUAGAACGGCGAAAUAUCUUGCUGAAUUAUUGUCACCAGCAAUGAAAGAUGGCCGUUCUUAUUUAAAAGAUACGUUCCAUUUCGUAGAUAAAAUUCGGGAAAAUAAAAAUAUUAGCGGAAUUAUGUUCUCACUGGAUGUAUCGUCUCUGUUUACUAGUGUGCCAUUAGACAAGUCGAUUGAACUAGCCAUGAUUAAAAUUCGUCAGUAUCAUCCAAAAUGGAAAAUCGAUGACAAAAACCUACGUGAACUAUUUUAUUUUUGUACAAAAAGGACAAAUUUCAUAUUUGAUCAUAAAAAUUAUGAUCAAGUUAAUGGUGUGUCCAUGGGUAGUCCUCUUGCCCCUGUUAUGGCGAACUUAUUCAUGAAUGAAAUCGAAAAAGAAAUAGACAAUUACGGGGGGAAAAAACCGGAUCUUUACUUGAGAUACGUUGAUGACGUUUUUGCCGUUAUUCAUGGUACCCAGAAAGACAUUCAUGGUUUAUUGAAAUUCAGGAAUAAACUUGACACUCGUAUUAAGUUUACGGUAGAAGUACAAAAUCAGAAUAAACUGUCAUUUUUGGAUGUAAUGGUUGAACGAUUGAAUAAUGAAGAACUGAUCACUUACACCACUGAAUUAAAAUGA